GGGGAAUGGAUGCAACGAUUGGGCGUUUAUAAAAUAACCGCUCAGGAGAUACAAUGCUCAGGGCUGACAGCGGCUUGAGCGCCAAUCUGCUGAAAGCUGGAACGUCGUUACAUGCAUCUUGCGGCAUCAGCACGUUGAUCCACCAGUUCCGCAGCCUUUGCACGUAAAGUGAAUCACGCCAAGUUGUGCAACUUGGGCUGAUAGAGCGCGAUUUGGCCGCAACCAAUGGCGAAUGUGUUCGUAUGUCGAGAGCUGAGCGAAAAUAGCCGUGGUGCGUGUAAUGAGCGAUUGGAGCAAAAUGAAGCGCCAAGAAGCGUUUCAUGAACCGGAAUGCAUCACAGUGCGAACGGGCGCCUGACUGAACAAUUUUUUUAGCGACCGGGGGUCGCGUAUAUCAGUUGCCUGCUUUCAACCCAUUCAUGACUCAGGACUUUUUGCUGGAUCCCCUGCUAGCUUCCAACCUCACCUAGCCAUGUUACCCCGUAUACCGUCUUACCGUGCGUCGUCGCGCUCGUUGGUGGCCGCGCAGGGGCGCAGGGCAUCCUACGCUACUAUCCGCGGCCUAAGGCAACCUGCCCCAGACCCUGAAGACACUUUACCGUCAGAUAAUGACUUCAUCGUUUCCAUCCUCCGUGCAAAUCCCUCCCUCCGCGAUACGCGCUCUUACCUCGCGUCUUUCGGCCCCCGACCCAAGCUCCCCACAUUGGUCGAGCAAGUCAUCCCAGCCGAGCCAAAUGUCCCUAUCGCGUCGGCGACUCCCGUCAUUCCAGAUGGCGUGAAAGCCAGUCCCGUCGUUUCGUCGAUUCUUGACCCUGUCAUCCGUCGAACCGCACUGGUCAAGAUUCAGGGGCCGUUCACAGACGUCCAGCUGGAGAGCAUCGCUCGUGGUCUGGUCUAUCUUGAGAAAUUGGGUCUCGUCAGCGUCAUCGUGGUGGAGAAUGAUGCUGUUGCCCGAGGCGAUCAGGAAGAGCGGUCAUCAUUGGUUGAGGAGACCAUGCGCAUCGUCACGACGCUGGAAAAGCAGGGAGCUCGUGCACGGCCUGUCCUUGGGACCAUCGCCAAGCUUGGACCGAAACCGGGUGACGAGGAUUCGCCCGAAGAUAUCACUCCCGAGGCACACACCUUCCCUUCGGAUCUUGUACCCAUCCGUUCUGCUCUUCGUGCGGGGGAGAUCCCCGUUAUCCCACCCUUUGCCCUGGACUCCUUCUGCCGAUCUGUGCGGGUGGAUGCCAAUGAUGUUCUCGGUGCUCUUGCGCGUGGAAUGGCAGAAGCUGCCGAGAACGACCUGGACGAAGAAGUAAACCUUACGCCUCUGCGGCUGAUGAUCAUAAAUCGCGAAGGAGGUGUGCCAUCGUACGCGCGCUCUGGACUGCCUCACCUCUUGAUCAACCUUACCUCCGAAUACUCCUUCAUCAACGACACCUUUCACGAUCCAUGGCGAACGACGCAUCCGACGGCCUUGGCUAAUCUGGCAUUAGCCCGGACUUGUCUGUCUUACAUGCCCCCCACUUCGUCUGCUGUGAUGGUCUCGCAUCGAUCUCCUAGUUCGUUAAUCGCCAAUCUGAUAACGAACAAACCUGCGUUAAGCUCAAGCUUACCGCAUGCGUUACUGCAGGGCAAUCAACGGCUCAACACGCAUACACCCACGCUUCUCCGUCGCGGAUCACCGAUCCGUGUUCUGCGCUCUGUCGAGGAGAUCGACCGUGCAAAGCUCGAUGGGCUGCUCGAGCAAUCUUUCCGACGGACUCUCGAUCAGGCUGCCUUCUACAAGCGGCUGGAGCAGACGCUGGACUUUGUCAUCGUCGCCGGCGACUAUGCCGGUGCUGCGAUCGUGACCAACGAGCUAAAUCCGGGCUCAUCUGUUCCCAUCUCGUACCUGGACAAAUUCGUGGUUCUCCCAAGUCACCAGGGCGACGGGACCGUCGACUUCCUGUGGGUCGCACUGCACGACGAGUCGUAUGGACUUGGGCACCCGUUCUCUGCAAACCCGAACGGCGGAAAAGGCGGUGUGGGCGAGGGCCGUGAUCUUGUCUGGCGCAGCCGCGCGGACAAUCCAGUCAACAAAUGGUACUUUGAACGCAGCUCCGGCCAUCUCAGAAUGGGCCCCUGGGUCAUGUUCUGGUGUGACGCCGAGAAACGUCUCAAGCAAGAGCAAGCCAAGAAGCUGACAGGCGGCGUCUCCUUUGUUGAGCAAGGGGAACAGGGUAGACUGAGUCAGUGGGCAGACGCUGUUCAAAAAAUUCCAUCGAGCUGGCUGCCUAUACAAUAGGCCUUUCAUAGAUUAUUCACUCAUCCAAUGUAUGUAUGUAUUGUAUACUUAUCCAGGUUAGAUGCU